GCUCCUCACCUGCUCAUAACAUUACUCACAACAUGGCACCUGCUGGCGGGGGUGUUGUGCUGGCGGCUCUGUCGCUGCUGUACUUAUGCGGAGCUAUUUUGUCCAGCGAGUAUUUCUCCACCUUGACCUUCUUCAACAGUGAGCUCCACAAGCACGGCUGCAGCUCUCCGGCCGAGUGGGAGGAAUAUGCGGCGGACUGCGAGUCCUCAAUCCUGCAGCUGGAGGAUCCGGACUGUGAGGAGGGAAGCAGCCCGCCCUGCGAGUCAGUCUUCUCACUCAACGCCGAGAAAAUCCUUAAUCAGGCAAAGUUGUUUGUCGAACAGCGGCGGUUUCCUUUCGCUGUGGACAACCAAAAUACCAAUGAAGAGCUCGCCAUAGGUUAUGUUCUUAUUGGAAACGGACUGUAUGAUGAAGCCAUCAAGCACUUCUCCUUACUGCUGCAGGGAGAUCCUGAACUGGUUAGUGCCAUCUAUGGACGGGGAAUAGCAUAUGGAAAAAAGAGUCUGCAGGACAUAAAGAAUGCAGACCUGGCUUUAUAUGAAUUAAGCCGAGUGAUCGCGCUGCCCAACAGACCUGAAGUGUAUGAGCAGAGAGCCGAAAUUUUGUCACCUUUGGGCCGCAUCAGCGAAGCUCUGUUGGACUUGACUAAAGCCAUUCAACUUCAGCCUUCAGCCCGACUGUACAGACACAGGGGAACACUGCUCUUCAUAUCAGAGGAUUAUAUGGCGGCCAUGGAGGAUUUCCAGCAGUCUCUAGAGCUGAAGAAGAACCAGCCCAUCGCUAUGCUAUAUAAAGGCCUGACCUUCUUCCACAGGGGUCUUCUUAAGGAGGCUAUCGAGGUGUUUAAAGAGGCUCUCAAGCUGAAGUCGGACUUUAUAGAUGCUUAUAAAAGCUUGGGUCAGGCUUACAGGGAAUUGGGAGAUAUUGAGAAUGCCAUGGAGAGCUUCCAGAAGGCUCUGUUACUGGAUCAGAACCACAUCCAGUCCCUGCAGCUCAGAGGAAUGAUGCUCUACCACCACGGCAGUCUGCAGGAGGCCAUCGGCAACUUCAAGAGAUGUCUGCAGCUGGAGCCAUAUAAUGAAGUGUGUCAGUACAUGAAGGGUCUCAGUCAUGUGGCUAUGGGUCAGUUCUACGAGGGCAUUAAAGCCCAGACUAAAGUCAUGCUCAACGACCCUCUCUUAGGACAGAAAGCCAGCUCUGAAUAUCUCAAAGUCAAAUAUCUCAGAGAAUACUCCCGGUAUUUACACUCUCAUCUGGAUGUCCCCGUUGCGGAGUAUAAUGUCGAUCAGGAUUUGCCAGGAAAUUUUAAGAACCACUGGGCCAAAAAUCUCCCCUUCCUCAUAGAAGACUACGAAGAACAGCCUGGACUUCAGCCGCAUAUUAAAGAUGUUCUCCCUCAGAACUUUGACAGUUACUCCGCUGAGGUUCAGAAGCUCAUCUGUACAGCAGAUCAUCUCGGUGCACUGAUGCAGUACGACACUUCAGGCUUCUUACCAAACCUCAGAAUACACAGAGCGAUGGGUUUGGCCACUAUAGAGGUGAUGCAGGCCAUGCAGAGGACCUGGAGCAACUCGAAGGUCCGCGUCAACGGAAAGACCAGACAGCUGCAGUGGAGAGACAUGUUCGACAUCGCUGUCAAAUGGAGGAGGAUUGCAGAUCCAGACCAGCCUGUGCUGUGGUUAGAUCAGAUGCCUGCCAGGAGUCUUAGCAGAGGAUUUAACAACCACAUCAACCUCAUCAGGGGGCAGAUUAUUAAUAUCAGAUAUCUGGAGUAUUUCAGUAGCAUCCUCAGCUUCGUAAAGGACAGAAUACUGGUUUAUCACGGGGCGUAUAACCCGCGGGGGCUGCAGGAAGUAAAACAGGCUCUGGAAAAUGUAAAUAAAGUGGAGGAUUUGCUUCCAAUUAUGAAGCAGUUCAACAGUAAAACCAGAGACGGCUUUACGGUCAAUUCCAAAGUGCCCAGUCUGAAGGAUCCUGGGAAAGAGUAUGACGGAUUUACAAUCACCAUCACUGGAGACCGAGUGGGGAAUAUGCUGUUUUCAGUAGAAACGCAGACCACAGAUGAGAGGACGCAGCAGUAUCAGUCUGAAAUCGAAGCGCUUUAUAAGGACCUCACGGCGAAAGGCAAAGCUCUGAUGCUCUCCACUGAACUGGGGGAUGCAGAUGCUGUGUGCAAUUUGAUUCUUUCCCUGGUGUAUUACUUCUGUAACCUCAUGCCACUAUCCAGAGGCUCCAGUGUCGUGGCGUAUUCAGUGGUCAUGGGAGCUCUGAUGGCCAGUGGCAAAGAGGUGCUCGGCCGAAUUCCAUCUGGAAAGCUGUUUGACUUUGAGGCCAUGACAACAGCCAGUCCAGAUCGCUUCAGUAAAACCGUCAAAAGCUGGAUGAACUUAAAAAGCUUGCCAAGUUGGUACCAGAACCUUCCAUCGGUUUCAGAGACGUUCCAGUUAACAAGGACCAUGAUUGAAGUCCUAAACACAGACUCAUCUUCGCACUGUCCUAAAAAAUCUUAAACUUGAAAAACUAUUUAGUUAUUAAAAAAUACAACAAAAAAAAGUAAAUAAAAUAAUAAGGGCCAUCUCUACUCAGGGCAUCUUUGCUCACAGUUCUCACUUUUAUGUGGCUUUUACAUAUCGAAUAUCAGUACAUUUUAUCUUUGUUUUUAGCUUUCAUUCCAAUGAACAUGGAAAGACAGCUGUUUUGUUAAUUUUAAAUUAAAUGUACAUUUGUAUUGGAGUCGAUGAUUUCAUUGAAAAACAAGCAGUUGCGAGCAUAAUCUGAGUUUUAAAAGCAGCAGGAAAUGUAGCAGAAUAUGAUUGGAAAGCUUUUAUUAUUUGUUAUAAUAUUAUUUAUCAGUUGCUUACACUGACUUAUUUUUAUUUUUUGGAGGUGGUUUUAGAAACAUAUCGGUGACUUGUGGCAGAGGU